AUGGGUUUUGGCUGCCGAACCUGUUCCAAGACAUUUAGCUCGGCCCAAGGCCUGUCAUCUCAUUGUCGUGCAAAAUCUCAUCGAGCCAACGAAUGCCGGGCUAGUAGAAGACAUCAACGGUGUGCUAGGUGUUCCAGAUCAUUUGGAUCCAAUCAGGCUCUUCGACAGCACAUUUCUUCGUCAUCGGCCCACGCAAACCGUAUAUUUGGAUGCCCCUUCUGUUCAAGGACAUUCAAAGCUCCUUCGGCCCUCGCUCACCACAUCGAAUCCGGCUGUCAUAAAAUUAAUCGCCAUCAAGUGACGGCAGCCGUGAAGCAGUUGAAGAUCGUGCCCGAAAUUUGUAUCAAUCGCGGUCUUAUUCCACAAGCGUCGACCCCUCCAAGCGUCACCACUCAUUACAUUCCGGCAACAUUGUCUUUCAACGUUCCCGGGUAUUAUGAUUGUUAUCUAUGCAAAAAGAGGUUCACGGCUCCUCAUCGCUUGGCCGCGCACUUGAACUCGCCGGCGCAUGAUGCCGACCAGUUCAGGUGCCCCAAGUGCAAGAAGACGUUUAAAUUGGUCUCGGCUCUAACUCAGCACAUAGAAAGCGGGGCAUGUCGUCUUGCCAACCUCCAUGAGAUCGAAGGUCACUUCGAUCGCUUGACAGCAGGUUUAAACUCUCGUCUACUUCGUUUUUGA